UCCAAAUGACAGCUCAACCUGGGCUACUCUGUGUGCCUGAGCCUCAGCGCUGCAGACUGAUUCAACCCCGGGAAGCAGAGUUUAAAUAAACAACUUGGCGUUUUAUUUGUGUUUAAUUUCAAAGUUUAAAUCCCCAACAUGGCCGCUCCUAAGAAGGGAGACUUGUCUUCAAGCGAAAAGGAGUUGUUUGGGGUUAUUACCGAAGGAAAUGUUCAAGAGGCCUCAAGACUGCUGGGCUGUAAGGAUGUUCGAGUCAACUGCCUGGAUGAGUAUGGAAUGACUCCUCUCAUGCACGCUGCUUACAAAGGAAAAGCAGAAAUGUGCAGGUUGCUGCUGCAGCACGGAGCAGAUGUGAAUUGCAAUCAACAUGAGCAUGGAUACACAGCGCUGAUGUUUGCAGGCCUGUCAGGUAAGACUGAUAUCACGUGGAUGAUGUUGGACGCGGGGGCAGAAACAGACGUAGUCAACUCUGUCGGGAGGACCGCCGCACAGAUGGCUGCCUUUGUUGGUACGUCU